AUGUGUUGGUUUAGUAGCUUUGUGAGAAGUGAACCAAAUACCAAAGUAGAGAACUAUAUUUGCAAUGGCAAUGUGUAUGAUAAAACUGGUCCAUUUUCACUAAGUUUGGCUUAUGUUGUUGAAGGAUUACAAAAUGUGACACCAAAUCAAGGUUAUGAUUACUACAUAACAUCUCCAUAUCCUAAUGAUGCUUUAGCUUAUGGCCAUGCUACUUGCAACUCCAUAAUUGAAUUUUCAGAUUGUGGACUUUGUCUAAGUAGUGCAAAAUCAUUCUUGUUGAGUACUUGUGAUGGUAGCAUUGGUGGUCAAGUCCAAUUUGGUGAUUGCUCAAUGAGAAAUGGGAGCCUACAAGAGCGUGACAAGCGAAUUCGCCGUUGA